UCUUCCUCCAUAAAACUCCAGUGGAAAAUGGCAGCAGAAAAUCACUCCACAGUGACUGAGUUCAUCCUUGCUGGACUGACAGAAAAGCCAGAACUCCAGCUGCCCCUCUUUCUUUUCUUCCUAGGAGUCUAUGUGGUCACAGUGCUGGGGAACCUGGGCAUGAUCACACUGAUUGGGCUCAGUUCUCACCUGCAUAUUCCCAUGUACUAUUUCCUCAGCAGUUUGUCCCUCAUUGAUCUCUGUUAUUCCACUGUCAUUACCCCCAAAAUGCUGGUGAACUUUGUGACAGAGAAAAACACCAUCUCCUACCCUGAAUGCAUGACUCAGCUCUACUUCUUCAUUUUUUUUAUUAUAUCAGAAUGUCAUAUGUUGGCUGUGAUGGCAUAUGAUCGCUAUGUUGCCAUCUGUAAGCCAUUGCUUUACAAUGUUGCCAUGUCUUAUCAGGUCUGCUCCUGGUUGGUAGUUGAGGUAUAUAUGAUGGGUUUGAUUGUUGCCUCUGUUCACACAGGUUGCAUGCUAAGAGUGGUUUUCUGCAAAGCUAAAAUAAUCAACCAUUACUUUUGUGAUGUUUUUCCACUACUGGAGCUCUCCUGCUCCAGUACUUAUAUCAAUGAAGUGGUACUUUUGUGCUUCAGUUUAUUUAAUUGUUUUGUACCAACCUUGACCAUCCUUGGCUCCUAUGUCUCUAUCAUUGCCAGCAUCCUGCAAAUCCGCUCCACUGAGGGAAGGUCCAAAGCCUUUAGCACAUGCAGCUCCCACAUCUUGGCGGUUACAAUCUUCUAUGGUUCUGCAGCAUUCAUGUACCUGCAGCCAUCAAAUGUGGGCUCCAUGGACCAAGGGAAAGUGUCCUCUGUGUUUUACACCAUUAUUGUGCCAAUGCUGAACCCCCUCAUCUACAGCCUGAGGAAUAAGGAUGUCAAAGUUGCUUUAAAUAAGAUCAUACAUCUCUCCUCCUCUCACUUGUUUAAUCUCUUUUACAUAUCAGAAUAGAUUGAGUCAACAUAUACGCUACAUUAAUCCUGUCUCAUUAACAUAACAAAGACAACCCACUACCAACUAGGAUUAUAACCACAGACAUGCAGGUUAGGAUUUUUAACACAUAUUUUGAAGCUACAUAAUUCAAUCCAUAAAAUCCUCACUCUAAAAUUCAUGCACACGUGUUGCCUUCAUUUCCCUAUCCUAAAAAUUAUAAAAUUAUGGUGAACACUUCUUUGUUUAUUCACUUCAGUUCAGGCA